CCAACGAACCCUGCCCUUCAAUCUCCAACGUCCAACGUCACAGCUGUUGGAUGCUUGCAGCUUGCAUCCUUGGUUCGAGUAUUGUAGAAGCAGACAACUACCUUCAUAGUGGGACCACAGCUACAGCUACCUCCUGAUCGUAACCAUGUUGAAGAUAUUCGCGGGCAGUUUGGGAGCCUUCCUUGUGGCUUUCCUGGGAGUAUCCCUGUUGGAAAGUGCUGCAGCCUUCACCUCGUCUUCAAGCACUGCAAAUGCUGCAUCCAGAUCUUUGUCCACAGCCACGGAACUCUCAGUUGCCUCCGAGUCCAAGACGGACGGUGUCGUGGGCGUAUCGACAUCCACCUUUUCUCCUACGGAUUGGGUGCGCUCCGAUAGGAAACCUCGAUCCAAAUGUGGACCUUGUCCAGAUGAUGACGAAGAAGACGAUGAAGACAACGACAAUAAGCAAAUGGACCGCCGAGAAGCUGCCUUUGCCAUGUUGGGGACUCUGUGGGCGACUACUUCUACGGCUGCCACGCUCUUUUCAUCGCCCGAGCCGUCUCAUGCCGUCUAUGGAGCCGAUGCCAAGAUUGAAUUGCCCAACAUGGCCGAAAACAUGGCGAAUCGAAACAACAAGCAGUGUCUCGUAGAAAGCUUGGGAAAUCGAGAAUGUCUUGUCUACAUGGACCCUGAUAACAAACUCUAUCAAGGUGUCGAUUCCCAAAAAUUGUUGCAAAAAAUUGACUUGUCGUCCGUCUCCUUGACCAAAAUUCCAGAAUUGGUCGAAGCCAAAAAGUGGUCGGGCGUCAAGAGCAUCAUCUCGGGUCAAAUGGGAGAGCUACUGACCACCAUGAAUACACUGGCUCCACUCUCGACGCAAGAUGCAGGACGAUCCGCUACGUUGGCCAAGCAGGUCAAGUUGCAAGUAUUUGCCAUUGACGCGGCGGCCGACCGAAAAGAUGGAGCGAACAUUCUCAAGUCGCAUCAAGCUGCCACCGAUGCUCUCGUGUCAUUUGUACAGUCGCUAUAGUAGUAAUGCUGGAUAAGCAAAACCGAGAGCGUUGCCCACGCAAAGUGUUCCGCUUUAGUCCAACACAUUGGUUCUCUAUCAGUCAUUGAACUCGUCGGUUGCAUGUCGAGCUGGACUCGGCAUCUAAAAAAGUUUCCGUCUGGCUAUCGUGUAGCAACUUUGAUGUCGCAUUUUGGAUGACACGGGCUCAUCAAUCGUUAGAAUAUGAAUAUCACAGCAAGAUCAGGAGCAAGCUAGCGGCACAGAACAGAGUGAAUUAUCGAAGAUCACUUCCCUUGUCCGUAGCUGGUACCGGUACCUUAAUUCGGUCAAAGGAUGAUUGAUUCAAUCAUUAUCGGAUUUUCCUUAUGUCUUUCCGAGCAAUCCUUCAAGUUGCAUGCAUUGGAGCAUGAAGUGAACCGUACCGGUACCUGGUAUUAUGGGAAAGUCAGACUGGCCACCAACAAGGGCUGAUUCGAUUCGAUUCCUCUGUCAAGUGCCAAGAACCAUCGCUGUCGCUCCGACGGUAGCUCAUGCCCGAAGGAAACCGGCUCGCCUCCAACUAACUGGGCCUGCUCUCUUGAAAGGAUGCAUCAGUCCUCCAAGACAACGAAGGGAGCCUAAGGGCGUGAGUUAUCAUGACUGUACAGUAUAGGAAUGAUUUAUGAUUAUCUCUGCACAACGCGACGAUAACGAAUGAUUUGGCGAGAUCCUGGGCAGACAUUGUCGCGAAGCCACUGUCUCACUUCAAAUUCAUUAGCAUUGCGAUAUGUCUGUGCGCUCCACGGACAGCCGUUCGCACGUGCCCACUUUAAAACUUCCAAAUGGUCACCUCCAGCAGCAAAUGCGCAUGUUCUUUCAUUCCACGGACAGCCGUUUGCACAAGCCCACUUUAAAACUUCCAAACAGCCCAUUUCAGCAGC